AUGACAGCCACCCAAGGGAAAGAAACCCGCGCCCGCGCCCUUCCCGCAAGGGAAGGCCGGUGCCACAAAGAAGGCUGCAAAGGUAUGUUCCACUCCAUUACUGCCCUAAAUCCCCUUCUCGAGAAACGUUCCCGAAACUUCGGCAUCGGUCAAGACAUCCAACCCAAGCGCAACCUCUCUCGCAUGGUCAAAUGGCCCGAAUAUAUCCGUCUGCAACGCCAGAAGAAGAUCCUCAACAUGCGUCUCAAAGUCCCCCCUGCGAUCGCGCAGUUCCAGAACACCCUUGACCGCAACACGGCCGCCCAGGCAUUUAAGCUGCUCAACAAGUACCGACCUGAGACCAAGGUUCAGAAAAAAGAGCGCCUGCACAAGGAAGCCACUGCCGUGCAGGAGGGUAAGAAAAAGGAGGACGUGAGCAAGAAACCCUAUGCCGUCAAGUACGGGCUCAACCACGUUGUCGGGCUCAUCGAGUCCAAGAAAGCCUCUCUCGUCCUGAUCCCUAAUGACGUCGACCCCAUCGAACUGGUCGUCUUCCUCCCCGCACUGUGCCGCAAGAUGGGCGUCCCCUACGCCAUCAUCAAGGGCAAGGCCCGUCUGGGGACGGUCGUGCACAAGAAGACCGCCGCUGUUCUCGCAAUCACGGAGGUCAAGGGCGAGGACAAGUCCGAGUUGAGCAAGCUUGUCAACGCCAUCAACGAGGGUUAUGCCAACAAGUAUGAGGAGCACCGCCGACACUGGGGUGGUGGCAUCAUGGGUGUCAAGGCCCAGGCUAGGGAGACCAAGAAGAGAAAGGCCGUGGAGAGCGCGAUCAAGAUCUAA